CGGCGAGGCUGCAGGAUGGAGAUGAUCCGGAGCAAUUUUAAAAAUAAUCUUCACAAAGUGUACCAGGCAAUUGAGGAGGCUGAUUUCUUGGCAAUCGAUGGGGAGUUUUCAGGAAUCAGUGAUGGACCUUCAGUUACUGCAUUAACUAAUGGUUUUGAUACGCCAGAAGAAAGGUAUCACAAGCUUAAAAAGCAUUCCAUGGACUUUUUGCUUUUUCAGUUUGGCCUUUGCACUUUUAAGUAUGACAGCACAGAUUCAAAGUAUAUAAUGAAGUCAUUUAACUUUUAUGUUUUCCCAAAACCCUUCAGUAGAACUUCACCAGAUGUCAAAUUUGUUUGUCAGAGCUCAAGCAUAGAUUUUCUGGCAAACCAAGGAUUUGAUUUUAAUAAAGUUUUUCGCAAUGGAAUCCCAUAUUUAAAUCAAGAAGAAGAAAGACAAUUGCGGGAGCAAUAUGAUGAAAAACGUUCACAAUCCAAUGGUGCUGGAGCUUUGUCCUAUAUAUCUCCUAAUGCUUCAAAGUGUCCUGUGAUUAUUCCUGAGGAUCAGAAAAAAUUUAUUGACAAAGUGGUAGAGAAAAUAGAGGAUUUGAUACAAAAUGAAGAAAACAAGAACUUGGAUUUAGAACCAUGCACAGGAUUUCAAAGGAAACUAAUUUAUCAGACUUUGAGCUGGAAGUAUCCCAAAGGCAUACAUGUUGAGACUUUAGAAACAGAGAAGAAAGAACGCUAUAUUGUUAUUAGCAAAGUAGAUGAGGAAGAACGUAAAAGGAGAGAACAGCAGAAACAUGCUAAAGAACAGGAGGAACUAAAUGAUGCUGUGGGAUUUUCUAGAGUCAUUCAUGCCAUUGCCAAUUCUGGUAAACUUGUCAUUGGUCAUAAUAUGCUUUUGGAUGUCAUGCAUACAAUUCACCAGUUCUACUGCCCAUUGCCUGAGGACUUAAAUGAGUUUAAGGAGGUAACAACAUGUGUCUUCCCCAGGUUACUGGAUACUAAACUGAUGGCAAGCACACAGCCUUUUAAGGAUAUUAUUAAUAACACAUCCCUUGCGGAACUAGAAAAACGAUUAAAAGAGGCACCAUUCAACCCACCUAAAGUUGAAAGUGCAGAAGGGUUUCCAAGUUAUGACACUGCAUCUGAACAACUCCAUGAGGCAGGCUAUGAUGCAUACAUUACAGGACUGUGUUUCAUCUCCAUGGCUAAUUUCCUAGGUUCUUUUCUCAGUCCUCCAAAAAUUCAUGUGUCUGCCAGGUCAAAACUCAUUGAACCUUUUUUUAACAAGUUAUUUCUUAUGAGGGUCAUGGAUAUCCCAUAUCUCAAUUUGGAAGGACCAGACUUGCAACCCAAACGAGAUCAUGUUCUACAUGUGACAUUUCCCAAAGAAUGGAAAACCAGUGACCUUUACCAGCUUUUUAGUGCCUUUGGUAACAUUCAGGUAUCUUGGAUUGAUGAUACAUCAGCAUUUGUCUCUCUCAGUCAACCUGAACAAGUGCAGAUUGCCGUCAAUACCAGCAAGUAUGCAGAAAGUUAUCGGAUCCAGACUUAUGCUGAGUAUGUUGAAAAGAAACAUGUGGAUAAACAGAACAAGAGAAAAUGGACAGAAAAUAGUUGGAAGGAGGUUGAAAGAAAGCGAUUAAAAACACAGUGUACAUCAUAUAUCCCACAAAGUCGGUAUUACUGUGUUAACAGUUUCACAGCUACCAGCACAGUAGGAAAGAGAAACAUGAGCCCCAUUCAAGAGGAAGCUGGCUCUGAAGACAUAGAGUCAGUGGAAAUAUCAGACUGUGAGCUUGAUCAGACAGAUUCCUGUGCAGAAUCCCUUACAGAAGGGAAGAAAAAAGCCAAGAAAUGUAAAAAAAUGAAGAAAGAACUCACUCCAACCGGAAGCAUCUCCAGCAGUUCUGCCAAGCUUUUUGAAGUUCCUGAUUCGUGGUAGCCAACAGUUGAACGAAGAAAGCAGGGACGGAUUCAGAGAAAUCACCAGACUUACACCACUUGGAAGCCAUACUGUAUUUAAUUUAAUAAAAUGUGGUGUGGGCGUGGUUAAAAACAAA